AGAAACAGGGUUGUCAUGAUCUGCGACUGAGUUCUUUCACCUGUUCCAUCAGAGAGGUCAGUCAAACCUGCACCUUGUGAAGAGCAGAGCACUUCCUGGUUCCUCUCGGUGCCGGGCCAAUGGAGACGUUUCCCUUUACUUCCGCCACGCUGAGGUCUCUGAGGCUGGAGCAGGAGCUGCAGGACUGGGAGAACCAACGCAGAGCGCUGGCCCACAGGAGAGUGAUGACCCGGGCUCCUCUGCCUGCAGCGCCGAGAGCACCACAGCAGCGGCGACUGCAGGAGGUCAGAGCUGCCCCUCCACAGGUCCGCUGCAGGGACACGGCCGUCCACAACACCUUCAUGUGUGGAGACAUGAAGGGGGUGUAUGCCGUGUUGAAGGACCCGGCUAUGGUCAACGCUCUAAUGGAGACAGUGCAUGAGGAGAUGGUGUGGGCUCCGGAGAUGGGCUUGUUCACACUCAGCUCGAAGGUCAAGCAGAGCUCACCGCUGAGAAUGGCUGCCGGUCGAGGGCACUCGGGCUGCGUGGAGGAGCUUCUGUUCCGGGGGGCGGAGGCCAACGCAGACCCAGGAGGCAACACCGCUCUUCACGACGCCUGCAUGGGCGGCCACGCCGUCUGCGUGCAGCUGCUGCUGUCUCAUGGGGCCGACCCAGAGGUGCUGGACGUGGACGGUACCGCGCCACUGCACCUCUGCACCUAUGCCCAGUCCCUGCAGUGCGCUCGUCUGCUGGUGGAGUUCGGGGCAGAGGUUAAUGUGAGGACCAGAGCCUCCAGACUCACGCCGCUGCACGUGGCGGCCCAGCGAGGUCUGAGCGAGCACGUGGAGCUCUUCCUGACACACGGUGCAGACGUGAUGGCCACCAGUCAGGAGGGAGAGACCCCCUUAAACGCCGCCUGUUCCAGGGCCGAGAGGCCGUCCGAGGCGGGCCGGUACCUCUGUGUGGUCCAGAAGCUGCUGGAAGCAGGGGCCAACCCUCAAACCGCCGGGAAGAAGCUUCACACGCCUCUUCAUAACGCCUGCUCCAACUGUGUGCCCAAGAUAGUGGACCUGUUGCUGGAGCAUGGUGCCAAAGCUGAUGUGAAGAACUGUGCUGGGCUUACUCCCAUGGACUGUCUGGUCCAGGUGGUUGAAGACUACGCCGACCAGGAGCCUGAAGCUGUUGCCAGGUCGCUCCUGAACUACGGAGCCAAACCUGCCUCCCCAAAGAUGCUCCGGCAGUGCAUCCUCUCCCCAGCCACCUUAGAGGUGCUCCUGAACUCGUACUCCUCUGUCCCUCGCUGCAACUGGCUGGACUCGCUGCCAGACCACAUCCACCAGGAUCAUCCCGACUUGUUCGACCUGAUGCGACAGCGGGAAGGUCAGCCACGCUCGCUGCAGCACCUGUGUCGAUGCACUUUACGUCAGCAUUUCGGACGCCGGUGCUUGUCUGGGGUCAGGAGCCUGGACAUCCCCGGGUCAGUGAAGGACUACCUGCUGCUGCUGUGUCGCAAUGGAACUCUCCAAUGAUCAUCCUGUUGUGCCGUUGAAAUAUCCCUCUCUAUGUUUAUAUCACAU